GUCGGUGCAGCUAUGCCUGAGCCAGCAAAGGGCGCGCCCAAGAAGGGCUCCAAGAAAGCCGUCGCCAAGAGCGUCAGCAAGUCCGGCAGAAAGCGGAAGAGGAGCAGGAAGGAGAGCUACGCCAUCUACGUGUACAAAGUGCUCAAGCAGGUGCACCCCGACACCGGCAUCUCGUCCAAGGCCAUGAGCAUCAUGAACUCGUUCGUCAACGACAUCUUCGAGCGCAUCGCCGCCGAGGCGUCUCGUCUGACUCACUACAACAAGCGCUCCACCAUCACGUCCAGGGAGAUCCAGACCGCCGUGCGUCUCCUGUUGCCCGGUGAGCUGGCCAAGCACGCCGUGUCCGAGGGCACCAAGGCCGUCACCAAGUACACCAGCUCCAAGUAGACCGCUCCGACCGUACUACAAAAACAACGGCUCUUUUCAGAGCCACUUCAUUAUUCUUGAGAAGUAAAUGCCUUCAUUGAAUUUCGUUUCAAUUUGUGUAGUCACUUUAUUAUUUGGUGUUGGUCUGAUACCAGCUGAAUGUGUUGGACACUGCCGUUUUACUAAUGUUAAACUCAUUUUAGAUUAUAUUUUAUAGCACUUUCUAGUCAGUGGUGUUACUAGGUUUUAAGGAUGAGGUGGUGAUGGUAAGCCCCCUGGAGUUGAAAUAGUCAUUGCAGUAGUAUAUUAUGGAAACCUAGGGAAAAGCAGUUCGAAGUUAUCAGGGGCUCAAAUGUUACAUUGCUGCAUUUGUCUAUGACAGCAGUGCAGUCUUUUCAGCAUGUGACUAAGUUUUGGAAGCAUAGUUUGUGUAUUUAUGGUUUAAAUUGUAGGCAAGUAUAACUAUCGCAAAUUAUCAUUUUUAAAGGGGCGUUAAUUAUUCACGGAAGUUUGCUAAUCGCGGCCUGGCUCGGUCCCUAUCCCCCGCGGAUAGCGGGGGCUGACUUACACCUCACCAGUUUAGUUGGGGGAAAAAAACGUUUUCUUUUCUGAAUGAAUUAUUUUACUAUCCUAAAAACAUUUCCCCACAAAUGUAGACCAACGUUUGCAAAUAAUUAUUGAAAAAACAACAACACAUAUUUGUCACAAAAGUGAGUAUACACCAGAGACCAGAUAAAUAUACAAUAUAUUUGUAAAGAAAACCGGUGUGCGAAGAAUUUAAGAUCUACUUUAGUGGUUUUCAAGCUUUUUACACAAACAAUGUCAAAAAUUACUUUGCUUCUCCAAGUGCGACUGUUUAAAAAUUAUAAUUUUUAUUAUGUAUUUUUUUUUAU